ACGUUGUAAUAAAUUUCCGUUAUAAUAAAUUCGUUUGUUUUUGUUAUGGAGUAAAAUAAGAAUGCAACCUCCAUACCGCGUAAGCAACCGUUAUACAACAGCAAAACUUUUUGUUAAACCGCCGUCAGUGCCAAAUAACAUUGAAUUUGUCAACAUAACCUAUAAUAUGUAAACAUUUCAAUUCAUUAAGAUAAUGGGAUAAAUUAAAUAAAAGUAUAGUAUUUGACCUCUAAAACAGUAAAAUCAUGAUUGGCAAGCAGCAUUUGACUGGAGAUCGUUCACCAAGAAACCACCAGGAGAGACGACCGCUUCCGACGGAGCUGGAGGAUCUGCCGCCACCGGGCGACAGCAGGCCCAAUGGCCUCGGCUUCUACCAACGCCGGGCCUCUGUCGGGCUUCAUCGCAUCGGGGUGCCCAUCGAAGAGUUAAACCAAGCGUCCGGAGCGCUGGUCCAGGCACUGGAAAUCCGAAAGCGUUACAUGGCGCUGAGCUACCAAUCCUUCUCUCAUGAGGUGUCCGAGCUUCUGGCGGAGAGCAGCCCCUCGUCGCGACGCUCGUCCAUGGACGCGGAAGACGCAAUGAGGAGCCACCGUGCGACUGAGGCCGAAGUGGAGCAGUACCUCAGCCUGCACGUGGUAUCCUCCGAGGUCGUGAACAAGCCGUACUCUAGCCUCCACACCCGCCGACCUUCGGCGUCUUCUCUUCUCAAGAGUAAUUUAAACAGUCCAACGGAGCAAGUAUUGAACAAGUCUACGGGUAUCCGACUGUCUGACGUUGACAGCCAGCUAGACAUACCAUUUGCAAUUGCUUGCAAAGCAAUGGACCCCUGGGAGUGCGCGACGCCCCCGAGCCGGCACUACGCCUACCGCUGGGUGGACGGCCAAGUGCGCCUCUACCGGACCGAGGCCGACGCCAACAACGACCGCUCCUUGGCCUACAAUUACGCCUCCUUCCAGCAGUUUGUCGAUGACCUCAACUCGCUCAUUGACAUGAUUAGAGAUGGGCCGCUGACGUCAUUUUGCUUCCGGCGCCUACAGUUCCUUUCAGCCAAGUUCAAGAUGCACGUGCUGCUGAACGAGCUCCACGAGCAGGCGCUGCAGAAGGCCGUGCCACAUCGGGACUUUUACAACAUCAAAAAAGUAGACGUGCACAUCCACGCAGCCUCGAGCAUGAACCAGAAGCACCUCCUCCGCUUCAUCAAGCGCACGCUGCGCGAGAACUCCGACAAGGUGGUGACGAUGGACAAGGGGCAGCCCAUGACGCUCAAGGCGGUGUUCGAGAGCAUACAGGUGGACGCGUAUGAUCUCAAUGUGGAUAUACUGGACGUUCAUGCGGAUCGUAACACGUUCCAUAGAUUCGACAAAUUUAAUGCCAAAUACAAUCCGGUUGGCGAGUCGCGGCUGCGGGAGGUAUUCCUCAAAACCGAUAACUACCAGAACGGCUUCUUCUUCUCCAAGAUUAUGAAGGAGGUGAUGGCAGAUAUAGAGGAGAGUAAAUACACGUACAUAGAGCCUCGUAUCUCCAUCUACUGCAAGAACAAAAUGGAGUGGAGCAAGUUGGCGACGUGGGCGGUGAAGAACAACGUCUACUCCGAGCAUGUGAGAUGGGUGGUGCAGGUGCCGAGACUCUAUGACAUCUAUCGAGAGAACAAGCUGCUGAAGAAUUUCCAGGAGUUCCUGAACAACCUAUUCAAUCCCCUGUUCGAGUACGUGAUAGCGUUCGACAGCGUAGACGACGAGUCGAAGCCAGAAAACCCGCUCCUGGCCGGAGACGUGCGGCGUCCCGCCGAGUGGACCAACGAGGAAAACCCUCCCUACGUCUACUAUCUCUACUACAUGUACGCCAACAUGGUCGUGCUCAAUCAGCUGCGGAGGUCUCAGGGUUUGAAUACAUUCGUGCUGCGGCCGCAUUGUGGUGAGUCCGGACCCUCCACUCACCUUGCCGCCGGAUUCCUGCUCGCGGAGAAUAUCUCCCACGGGCUCAUGCUCAGAAAGGUGCCCGUGCUCCAAUACUUAUACUACCUGGCCCAAAUCUUCAUCGCCAUGUCUCCGCUGAGCAACAACUCGCUGUUCCUCAACUACCACCUGAACCCGCUACCUGAGUUCUUCGCUCGUGGUCUACGUGUCACGCUGUCCACCGAUGAUCCACUGCAGUUUCACUACACCAAGGUGAACCGAUCUUCAUAGUCUGUCUCCACUUAGCAAAAACUAGCUGUUCCUCAACUUCCAUCUGAAACCGCUACCAGAGUUCAUUGCUCGUGGUCUACGCGUCACGCUGUCCGCCGAUGAUCCACUGCAGUUUCACUACACCAAGGUGAACCGAUCUUCAUAGUCAUGUCUCCACUUAGCAAUAACUAUUAGCUGUUUCUCAACUUCCAUCUGAACCCGCUACCUGAGUUCUUCGCUCGUGGUCUACGCGUCACGUUAUCCACCGAUGAUCCACUGCAGUUUCACUACACCAAGGAACCCCUAAUGGAAGAAUACAGCAUUGCAGCGCAAGCGUGGAAAUUCUCCUCCUGCGAUAUGUGCGAGUUAGCUCGCAACUCCGUCAUCAUGUCCGGGUUCCCGCACGAACAGAAACAAAUCUGGCUCGGAGCCGAUUAUUUACUGGACGGGCCCGCUGGCAACGAUAUUACGAGGACUAACGUGCCUAAUGUGCGGCUGGCGUAUAGGAGGGAAGCGCUGCGGGCCGAACUGGACAUACUCAGGGCAAAGCUGACAGAAAUAAGAAAGAAAAAAAUGGGUUUGUGAAAUAUAAGUAUUUGUAAAUUGAAACGGAUUUGGAAGUAAUAUAAAUAACGUUUAAUAGGA